AACUUCUGAUAUUCAAUUAAAUGCACCAAUAUUUAAUAAUAAUAUUGGUAGCAAUAGUAAUAGUAUGGCAACAACACCGACUCAUGAAUAUUCUGAGUCAACAUAUUCAACAGCAUCUUCAUUGAAUAGUACUUCUGAUAUUUGUAAAACAUCAGCGGUGUCAAAGGAAUUUAAUGAAGUUGAAGCGAUGACAUGGAUAAAGACAAAUAAGGUGAUAAAAACUUUCAAACAUAUUUUGAAGAUAUUAGAUUUGAGAAAUUGCAUUGAGGAGGCUAGAAAGUUCAUGCAUUUUUAUACAUAA